AUGGGUCGCGUUAUUAGAGGUCAGCGUAAGGGUGCAGGUUCAAUUUUCAAGGCUAAGGUCUCUAAGAGAAGAGGACCAGUUAAGCUCCGUGCAUUGGACUACAUCGAGCGUCAUGGGUAUAUUAAGGGUUUAGUAAAGGACAUUACAACAGAUCCAGGUAGGGGCUGUCCAGUUGCACAUGUUUCCUUCAGAGACCCUUACAGAUACAAAAUCAAGAAGGAGUUGAUGAUUGCUGUUGAAGGACUCCAUACUGGUCAAUUUGUAUACUGCGGAAGAAAUGCAACGCUUUCUGUAGGAAACGUUUUGCCAGUUGGUCAGAUUCCAGAAGGUACCAUCAUAUCUUCUUGCGAAGAAAAGGCAGGUGACAGAGGCAAGCUCGCUAGGACCUCUGGUACUUAUGCAAUUAUCGUUGGUCAGUCUGAAGACGGAACCAAGACACGUAUCAGACUCCCAUCUGGUGCAAGAAAAACCAUCAGCUCUCAAUCUAGAGCUAUUAUUGGUAUUGUAGCUGCCGGAGGAAGAAUUGAUAAGCCAGUCUUGAAAGCAGGUAACAAUUAUCACAAAUACAAAGUAAAGAGAAACUGCUGGCCAAAGGUUAGAGGUGUUUCUAUGAACCCAGUAGACCAUCCUCACGGUGGUGGUAACCAUCAACACAUUGGUCACCCAUCUACUGUUUCAAGAAGUGCUCCACCAGGUCAGAAGGUCGGUCUCAUUGCUGCCAGAAGAACUGGUCUGUUACGUGGUGGCCGCAAGACAGCUAAGGAUAAGGCAGAGAAGGGAGUUUAA